AUGGGAGAAGUGGGGAAAGCGAUGGGAUUGCUGAUAAGCGGGACGCUUGUGUAUUACCACUGCGCAUAUCGCAACGCGACUCUUCUCUCUCUCUUCUCCGAUGUUCUCAUCGUUCUCUUAUGCUCUCUCGCCAUCCUUGGUCUCCUUUUCCGCCAACUCAAUGUAUCGGUUCCAGUGGAUCCACUAGAGUGGCAAAUAUCACAGGACACAGCAAGUAACAUCGUUGCCCGCUUAGCUAAUACCGUUGGAGCAGCAGAGGCCGUUUUGAGAGUUGCAGCAACAGGACAUGACAAGAGGCUUUUUGUCAAGGUCGUAAUCUGCCUUUACUUCUUAGCAGCUCUCGGAAGACUCAUAUCAGGUGUAACCGUUGCUUAUGCAGGACUAUGCAUGUUCUGUCUCUCCAUGCUCUGUCAAAAUUCUCAAUCUCCUGGAAACUGUGUACUGAAGCGAGCAAACGGCGAGGUUUUAGAGCAAGAAGUACAUUCUGAUACAUAA